GAGCUGAGUCCCGUCUCCAAAUAUACCGCAGUAAGUUGACGCUGCGCAAAGGGAGUCGGAACCAGCUUACGGAGAGACGAGAAGAACCUUUUGUAACUUCCGGGAUGUGAACAUCAGCAGCGCCAACUCAGCAACUCAGCAAAUUUCAUGUUGCAUUGGGACGUAUCUAUGUUUUAUAUUGGGAUCGAUAAGGGCCAGAAGACUAGUGUGUGAUGUUCGAGCUUUUGAAGCGUCGCGUCAACGGCAUGCCAGGUCAAUUUCGAAGCAAUGUUUGGGAUCCACUGUUGAUUGUUGCACAGAUAGUGUGUAUGCAGUGUUUUUAUUAUGUAAAUCUUGGAUUUUGGAUUUUCAUAUUGGACACGAUUGGACGUUUUGAUGCAUCUGUGGAUCAGAUAUUUACUCAGAGUGAUCUUGGCUUGUACGAGGAUUCAGGAAGGACGAAUCUUAUUGCAUAUGCUCUGAAUAGCUUCACAUGUGCCCUUGGCCUCUGGUUUGUAGUGAGGAGAACAAAGCAGUGUCUGGACUUUUCUGCAACAGUACAUCUAUUGCAUUUUAUUGGAUGUUGGAUUGUCAGUGGUCAUGUCCCUCAGACAUUUUGGUGGUGGGUGACAACCUUGGUAUGCCUAACCCUUAUGACAGUGUUGGGAGAGUUCCUUUGUAUGAGGACUGAACUAAAGGCAAUACCAGUCACCAUGGGGACAAAAGUGGAUUUGUAAAUCUAAUGAAGAAAACUAAUUGUGAACAGAAUGUGUUACUUAGAAUAUAGGAAUAUUCCUCUGUACAUGGUUUAAUGAAAUACACUGAAGCGAAAAAUC